AUGCGUCGUUUCAUCUUCGGCAUUGACAAAGCGCCUCGUGACGAUCUGCUUCGCAAGGUGGAGAGAUACAACACAAUAUUACGAGACGUUCUGGAAACAAGCAAUAAAAUCACGCAGAUCAGAAAACGAAUUGCGCUUCCCCAAGCCCAGAGGUCCUUGCUUAGCUUCUGGAAACAUGCCAGCGCCAUUUACGGUCUCCUGCAAGGAGCCUGGAAGCAGAACUGCUGUCGAUCACAUCAUGCCGACCUCUGGCUCGAAAAUUGGAAAUGCCCAGACGUUGCGUUCACUGUGUUGUUCCGUGCUGGUGACAAUGAGGGCGGACCAAAUAUUGCAUUCUGGCUUUGGCAAACGGCUUGUAUCAAACUCUUCAAGGCUCGCGACAAUGACGCAGGAAACAUGCUCAGGCUUCUGACACCAGAGAGAACGAUACAAGAAAAUCCUCAGCCCACAUUCCAAAGCCAGCUACCCUCUGCCCCGAAGGAGCAGUCUAGCUUGAAAGGACAGCUCAAGCAGCUUUUCAGACCCAAGUCAAGUUGCAUCGAGCCGUCUAUGAUCACCGAUCUCUGCAAAACCUUUGCCACAAUUUCCCCCACCGGCGGUCUUUCCGAAAUACGGGAGAACGAUGACAAUCAAUACGCUCUCGUUCCUCCCGAAGUGCCUCAUCCGGAUGCUGAUACCCGAAAAAUGGUGAAUUUGUGGACCUUACUGAAUAAGACCUCGACCAUAGUCCUCACUCGCCGAGAUCGGCUCUCAAUUGCAAUUUCGCUGGCAUCGUCACACUUGCAGCUACAUUGGACACCGUGGCUCAGAAGCUUGUGGAGCAAAACGGACAUCGAAUUCCUUGUGGAUCCACAGGACGAGAACCGCGUUCUGACCGAUAAACCAUACCUCUCGCGUGACUUUUACCAGUCCUCAAGCUUCGAUCCCCAGACCUGCAAGUGGUGA